UACACAUACUAAGGCUGAAAGCUAGAGAAUCAAGUGCCUUCUGGAGGUUAUCAGGCAUAUCAUUUAAAAUGGAUUCCUUCUUUGGACUAACCCAUGGAUAUAAGAGCUCUGCCUCAUGGAUCAACUUCACCGUUAUUUGUUCAAUGCUGUGCAUGUGGACUAGUGUAGAGUCUUGGUCUUACUUCUACUCGGACAACGCAAUGACAUGGGAUGAUGCACGAAGCUGGUGCCAGGAGCACUACACGGACAUGGUGGCCAUCCAGAACCAGGAGGAGCUUGAGCAUCUUAACAACUGGCUGCCCAAGAAAAAUGGCUACUACUGGAUUGGGAUUCGUAGGAUUAAUAAUGUCUGGACCUGGGUAGGAACCAACAAGCCUCUGACAGAAGAAGCAACCAACUGGGCAAAAGGAGAACCGAACAAUAACGAGGGUGACAAAAACACAGGCAUGCAUGAGGAUUGUGUGGAGAUGUAUAUUAAAAGAGAUAAAGAACCAGGCAAGUGGAAUGACGAGAGAUGUAUAAAAUCAAAGACUGCUCUGUGCUACACAGCGGCUUGUAAGAUUGACUCCUGUUUCCACGGAGAGUGUGUUGAAACCAUCAACAGCCACAAAUGUGAUUGCUUUGAAGGUUUUUUUGGAGACAAGUGUGACCAAGUUGUGCAGUGUAACAAAGGUGAAGUGGUUGUUCCAGAUAAAGGACAUGUAAAUUGCUCUCACAACUAUGGCAGUUUCUCCUAUGACUCCUUGUGUCAGUAUUCCUGUGAGGAAGGAUACAAGCUGAGUGUGCAGACUCCUCUGAGGUGCACGGGGUCAGGAAAAUGGUCAGAAAAACCCCCUACAUGUGAAAUGAUUCAGUGUGAGAAGAUGUCAGAGCCGACACAUGGAUCCAUGAAAUGCUCCGAUCCUCUGGGCUCAUUCAGCUAUCAGUCCACCUGUACUUUUACCUGUGAUGAAGGUUAUGUACUGUCUGGAUCUCCAUCUCUGCAAUGUGAAGCAUCAGCAAAUUGGAAUGGAUCCCAGCCAUACUGUGUUGCUCCUGCUCCAGUUGCAGCAGUCACUGCUGGUGUAGCCACAGGAGGGAUUGCCUUCCUCUCUGGUGUGCCUAUGGCUAUGUGGAUCUUUAAAAAACUGAAGAAAUCAAACAAGUUUGAACAGCAUCUCUGA